AUGGACAGCUCCCCGCUCCUCGUCAGAUUCCUGUGUGCCAGCCUGCUCCUCUUCUGUCUGUGCCGGGGCCAGUCCUCCCGGGAGCUCUCCUCCGAAGACUUUGAGGUCAAGAAGAUGCCUACAUCGUCCGAAAAAGAGCUGGUGGAGGCAAUGGAAGAGCUGCUGGGAAAAUUUCAGGACAGGUACCCUAUGUAUCAGAAGAGAGCCCAGAUCCCAAUGUGUGACAUUGGAGAAAGGUGUGCCGUGAAACAAGGUCCCAGAAUCGGAAAGCUGUGUGACUGUUCCCGCGGAUCGUCCUGCAACACUUUCCUGUUGAAGUGCAUAUGA